UUCGUGGUGUUGACGGAGAAACUGCGGGGAGAACAAGAGAACAGAACAGAUUAUGAAACAUCUGAUUUAUGAAAUUGAUGUAGGAAUAUGAUCUUUGCUCACUUUUCCAACAACAUUCAAUCAUCAUCAAUAGAUAGAUUCAGGUACAUAUUUAGCAUAGGUAGAUACGAGUAAAAGAGAGACAGACACAAGAGUCGGAAGAUAUGAUAACCCGAUCGAAUCUUGCGGAACAACUUAGAGAAUAUCAGAUUCGAUCCAAACACGAGUUGGCUUCCGUCUCUCUGUUCUCUUCCUCUUCAUCGACCCUCAAUUCUUCAAGGGCGGAUGUAGUGAUCUUCGUGAUAUGGGAACUAGUAAUCUUAGCAUCCUUGGUAUUCUCUGCUGUUUCAUUAUAUUUCAGGCACAUGAAACUAGCAUUUAUCUUAAUUUGUGUGACGUUGCUGUUGCUACUAUGCAUGAAGAUUGCCAAGCAAAUAAGACAGAAUAGGAAAAAGAAACGACGGAUGCUUCUUCCAUUAUCGAUGUAGAACAUGAGUGAAUAACUCAUACUUUUUUCUUUUUUCUUUUUCUCGAACAACCAUUGAGUGAGUAGAUCUUCUAAAUGAUUUAUUUUUUCCCCAUUUGUUUUUGGUAUGUAAUUGUUUCUAAAGCUAACCAAAGAUAUUGAACCUGUUGUAUACUAUGCCUGAGUUCUCCGAUAAACCUUUUGUCGUGUUGAAUGAUUGGCUAUGAGUUUAUGUUUAAGCA